UGUGGGAGUUGAAGUCCAAAACAUCCGGAGGGUCCAAAAUGGCCCUCGCCUGGUGUCGCUGCACCCUUACUUAGCAUCGGGAUUGGCAUCAGAAAUGAGAAAGAGAUAGCUUGAGGCCCACUUCCGGUUUGGUUGCUAUGGCCACGCGGUAGCCGCUCUGCACGCCGGAAGGGCGCUUUUCUGUGGCUGAGGCGAGCGCGGGAACGUUCCACUCUGGAGAGGCGCCAUGGCAGGACGGCGCGGGGCAUUGAUCGUGCUGGAAGGCGUGGACCGCGCGGGCAAAAGCACCCAGAGCCGGAGGCUGGUGGAAGCCCUGGGGGCGAGGGGCCACCGCGCAGAGCUGCUCCGCUUCCCAGAAAGAACGACAAAAAUUGGACAACUGAUAAGUUCCUAUUUGGAAAAGAAGAACAACUUGGAGGAUCACACAGUGCAUUUACUGUUUUCUGCUAAUCGCUGGGAACAAGUGCCGUUGAUCAAAGAGAAGUUAAACCAGGGUAUCACCCUGGUCGUGGACAGAUAUGCCUUUUCAGGGGUUGCCUUCACAGGUGCUAAAGAGAACUUCUCUUUAGAAUGGUGUAAACAACCUGAUGUGGGGCUUCCAAAACCAGAUGUGAUCCUUUUUCUUCAACUGAAUACAUCUGAAGCAGCCAAACGAGGAGACUUUGGAACUGAGCGAUAUGAGAACAGCUCUUUUCAAGAGAAAGUUCUGCAGUGCUACUAUGAUUUGAUGGAAGACAAGACUUUGAACUGGAAGGUAAUAGAUGCUUCAAAGACCAUAGAAGAUUUACAUAAUGAAAUUAAAUCAAUUGCAGAAGAGGCCAUGCAAGAAGCUCAGCAUAAACCUAUAGGAGAACUGUGGAAAUAGAAUUGGUUUAUAUUUGUAUCUACUUGAAGCUGAACUGUUCAUCUUCAAGCAUCUCAAUGUUUAUAUCUACAACCUUUUUAAACAGACGAAAUAGGAUUUCUUAGUUUUACUAUUUAUCUUAAAACUCUUCUAUAGACUGUUGUCCUUUAAAAGAGAAGAGUCUGAUCUUCCCUUAGAAGCUGCUUUGUAGGGACUUGUACUCGACCAGGAGCAUAAAAGAAGUGUAACGAUAAGAUUUAUUCUACUCACAGACACUGUAUAAUGGUUGUUGAUUGUGGACUAUUUUUACAAAGUUAUAUCUGUGUCUUUCCUCAGUUCCACAGCAUAUGAUGUUCAUGUUUAGAUAAUCAUGUGUCAGAUUUGAUAUGCUGAGUUUGUUUGAGCCAUGCAGUUUAAUGACUUUGCAAACUGACAUGCCUUACCAAACCGUUACUCUUCAGUAAUGGCUUUGGAACAAGCCAGAAUAUUCAGCCAUGGUUUAAAGAUAGCUUAAUAUAUUAACUUGCUUUGAAGUUGUUUAAUCAGUUCAAAUGAAAUAGAAAACUACACCUGAAGAUUUGCUGAUUUAUGCAAAAUGGCUUCUGCAGUCUAAAAGAUUUAUGGCUCUCAUAAAGCUGAGUCACUGUCAGUUAGAAAUCUUUUUUAAAAAAAAAAAUGUAUUAGAAACCACCUAAGAGAUUACAACAUAUAUUUUAAAUUAAAAUUUAUAUUUUUAGUUUCUGAAAAUACAUUUGAGUAAAUAUCCUGCAGGGUUUUUUUACUUCCAAAGUAUUGACAAUUCUAGAGCAUUAUUCAUUUUUUCAUGUCUUCAUAUGCUUGAGAAAUGAGUUGUCUGCUCCUUUUCUGUAUUUUGCCAUGUUUUUUUAAUCCGUUUGUGGUUCUAUAAUAGAAGAAUGCAAUUUACUUUCUAUCAGAUUUUAUUUUAUUGGGGGGGGGGGGGGGCAAAGUAGAAGACCAUAACUCCUAUACUGGCUGGAUCUCAAUGAACCUUGCCUUCUAAAGCAUCUGGAGGGUGCCAAAUUGUCUGCCUUGUUCUAGAGCUUCAGUCUAUUUAUUUUGAAGAAAUCAAUAGUUUGUGUUUAACAGCAAUCUCUUCAUAUUGCAAGACAUAAUUUAAGUAAUUUUCCAGACUUUAUUAUCUUUGUAUAUAUAAAGGAAGUGAUCUUGCUCCA